CCCUCAGUGUAGGGGGGUCCUGUGCCCCUGCCCGUGGGGUCCCCUAUACUAGUGCCGCCCCCCAGCGGUUGUAGGCGGGGGGCAGAGGAGUGUCCGAAGCGGGGGGGCGUCCGCCGCCUUCUCUCCGGCCCCCUCGGCCCAGUCGCCGCAGUACGAUGUGGUCCUCGCCGCUGCGGCUGGGAGCGGGGCGGCUGCUGCUGCUGCUGCCCGUGCGGCGGCUGCUGCGGGGGAACUGAAGGCAACGAGCGCGCCUGUGUGCGCGAGGGGGGUCGCGGGGCGGCAGCGGCGAGCCGAGCCGAGCCGAGCCCGCGGGUCUCUCCUCUCGCCCUCUCCGGAAGGACGCGGCUGUUAUGUGAAGAAUUUAACAGCGCUAUCAUGUUUCUUUCAUUCUUCAACAAACACUGAACUUGCUACUGAAUGUAACUGAGUCCAGGUGAUUAAGGGACACAUCCAUUAAAAAUGACUUUCUCUUGCUGAACAUCAACACCUGGAAGUCAUUUGCAGAGAGUGUUCUUUCACACUAAAAUAAAACUGCUAAACAAAAAGCUUGUGUGGAUAGUAAUGACCGCACGUUUCCGAUUGCCUACUGGCAGAACCUACAAUGUACGAGCGUCUGAGCUGGCACGAGACAGACAACAUACAGAGGUGGUCUGCAAUAUUCUUCUCCUGGAUAACACUGUACAAGAUUUCAGAGUUCAUAAAAACCAUCAGGGACAAGUUUUGUUGGAUAUAGUGUUCAAACAUCUCGAUUUGACAGAGAGGGAUUACUUUGGUUUACAGCUGGCUGACGAUUCCUCUGAUAACCCAAGGUGGCUCGAUCCAAACAAACCAAUCAGGAAACAAUUAAAAAAAAUACUUUUGUUAAUUCUAGGAGGAUCUCCUUACAGUUUGAACUUUAGAGUCAAAUUUUUUGUAAGUGACCCUAACAAGCUCCAAGAAGAAUAUACAAGGUACCAAUAUUUUUUGCAAAUUAAACAAGACAUUCUUACUGGAAGAUUGCCCUGUCCUUAUAAUACUGCUGCUCUUUUGGCUUCCUAUGCUGUUCAAUCCGAAUUGGGAGACUACAACCAUUCAGAAAACUUUCCAGGCUACCUCUCAGACUACUCUUUCAUCCCUAGCCAGCCUCAAGACUUUGAAAAAGAAAUAGCAAAAUUACAUCAUCAGCAUAUAGGCUUGUCUCCUGCAGAAGCUGAGUUCAAUUAUCUCAAUACAGCACGUACCUUAGAACUCUAUGGAGUUGAAUUGCACUAUGCAAGAGAUCAAAGUAACAAUGAAAUUAUGAUUGGAGUGAUGUCAGGAGGAAUACUAAUUUAUAAGAACAGGGUACGAAUUAACACCUUUCUGUGGUUGAAGAUUGUAAAAAUUUCUUUUAAGUGCAAACAGUUUUUUAUUCAACUUAGGAAAGACUUGCAUGAAUCUAGAGAAAUGUUACUGGGAUUCAAUAUGGUGAAUUACCGAGCAUGUAAGAAUUUGUGGAAAGCUUGUGUUGAGCAUCACACAUUCUUCCGAUUGGACAGACCACUGCCGCCUCAGAAGAACUUUUUUGCACAUUAUUUUACUUUGGGUUCAAAGUUCCGGUACUGUGGGAGGACAGAGGUCCAGUCUGUGCAGUAUGGUAAAGAAAAAGCAAACAAAGACAGGGUCUUUGCCAGAUCCCCAAGUAAACCCUUGGCACGGAAAUUGAUGAGUGGGAUGGACUGGGAGGUAGUGAGUAGGAAUUCAUUGUCUGAUGACAGGUUAGAAACACAGAGCCUACCGUCACGAUCUCCACCUGGAACCCCGAAUCAUCGCAAUUCUGCAUUUACUCAAGAGGGAGCCCGUUUACGACCAUGUUCAGUUGGACAUUUAGUGGACCACAUAGUUCACACCUCACCAAGUGAAGUUUUUGCAAAUCACAGAUCUCCAUCCUCCACCCAAGCUAAUAGCAUCAUUCUGGAAUCGUCACCAUCCCAAGAGACUCCUAUAGAUGGACAACCUCCUGCACUACCACCCAAACAAUCUAAAAAGAAUAGUUGGAACCAGAUUCAUUAUUCACACUCCCAGCAAGAACUGGAUAACCAUAUUAAUGAAACGUUUGAUGUUCCCGCAUCGCCUGAAAAAUCCACACCCAAUGGUGGUGUUCCCCAUGACAAUCUUGUUUUGAUCAGAAUGAAACCAGAUGAAAAUGGAAGAUUUGGCUUCAAUGUAAAGGGAGGAUAUGACCAGAAGAUGCCUGUAAUAGUGUCCAGGGUAGCUCCAGGAACACCAGCUGACCUCUGUGUCCCUCGUUUGAAUGAAGGGGACCAGGUUGUAUUGAUAAAUGGCAGGGAUAUAGCGGAACAUACCCAUGAUCAAGUUGUCAUGUUUAUUAAAGAGAGCUGUGAGAGGCACUCAGGGGAACUUGUGCUCCUAGUACGACCCAAUGCUGUCUAUGAUGUGGUGGAAGAGAAGCUGGAGAGUGAGCCUGACUUCCAGUACAUCCCUGAGAAAUCCCCCCUGGAUGGUGUCCAUCAGGAUGAUGAUGCUCUGCGGGAAUCUAUGAUUCAGCUAGCAGAGGGGCUUAUCACUGGAACUGUUCUGGCGCAGUUUGAUCAACUGUAUAGGAAGAAGCCUGGAAUGACAAUGUCUUGUGCCAAAUUACCUCAAAAUAUUUCCAAAAAUAGAUACAGAGACAUUUCGCCUUAUGAUGCUACACGGGUCAUUUUGAAGAGUAAUGAUGACUACAUCAAUGCAAAUUAUAUAAAUAUGGAAAUCUCUUCUUCCAGCAUAAUAAACCAGUACAUUGCUUGUCAAGGCCCAUUACCGAACACUUGUCCUGAUUUUUGGCAGAUGACUUGGGAACAAGGUUCAUCUAUGGUUGUAAUGUUGACCACUCAAGUUGAAAGGGGCAGAGUUAAGUGCCAUCAGUACUGGCCAGAGCCUACAGGAAGCUCAUCAUAUGGAAAUUUCAAGAUUACCUGCCAUUCAGAGGAAGGAAAUCCUGCUUAUGUCUUCAGAGAGAUGACACUGACUAACCUUGAGAAAAAUGAAACUCGUCAGCUCACCCAGAUCCAGUAUGUAGCAUGGCCUGAUCAUGGGGUUCCUGAUGAUUCCAGUGACUUCCUGGAUUUUGUGUGUCUUGUACGAAAAAAGAGGGCUGGCAGAGAAGAACCUGUUGUUGUUCAUUGCAGUGCUGGGAUUGGACGGACAGGGGUUCUUAUCACUAUGGAAACAGCUAUGUGUCUUAUUGAGUGCAAUCAGCCUGUUUAUCCAUUAGAUAUUGUGAGAACAAUGAGAGAUCAAAGGGCCAUGAUGAUCCAAACACCUAGUCAAUACAGAUUUGUUUGUGAAGCUAUUUUGAAGGUGUAUGAAGAAGGAUUUGUUAAACCUUUAAAGACAUCACUGCAUAAAUAAGAGCAAAAGGGCUAGGAUCCAUAUUGAAGUAUCCUGUCCUCUGUAAUAAACUGGCAGCAUUCAUUGUGCCAUAACUCUGAUUGCAGGAAAUGGUGUCGGAGAACAAUGAAGAAUUGACAAAGGACUUUGAAAACUUCAGCACUGUUGCACUUUAUGUUGAAACAAAAAUCAGUCUCUAAAACUCUAUUACUUACAUGUGUUUGAAGACUUUAUUAUUUUCAUGCUUUGCUCCGAACAAACCAUAAAUUGAAUGAACUGAGUGUGUUCAAGGUAACUUAUGAUAUCUCAUUGUAGUGCCAUAUACUCCCCUUCCGGUCAAAUUGCUACAAACAAGGCUUGGAAUUAUUUGACUCUGAUAUACAACUGUGUCUUUUAAAAACAAAACAAAAAUAUACACUAAGCCAUGGUCUCUUCCUGUGCUAGAUUUAUUUAAGGUGUACAGAUCCUCACUUUUGUUUUUAAAAACAUCAGCAAUAUUGCCAAUAUUAGAUAGACACUGCCUACUGAUGCAGCACACUUUGCUCUUCACCCCUAUUAGAGACCAGCUGUUUGUUAGAGGAAAGCUGGAAUCUGUGUUAACCCAGCAGUAGCUGCAUAAUGUCCACUUACCAGCACCUUGUAAAAUAUAAACAACAUUUCUUUGAACUGAUGGCACAAUUUAUUUCUGUGUCAUAACACUGGUGAAUUCCAAAUCAUGUGACUUAACAUUACGUAAUGGGAACUAUUGCAUGCAUUGCGUCUUAACCCUCUUAAGUGCCUUGAGACUUACCAAGUAUGUCUAAUGAAAAGGCACUCAUAUGACCCUAUGAGGAAGGUAUUAUUCUGUCAUAUUUAUUUUAAUGGGUUUAUAUUUUAAUACAUGGCCCUUGGUGCUUUGAAUAUGGUACUGCAAGGGGUCACAGAAUGCCAUUCCCUUUUUCCUUAUAAAAAUACCUACAUGCUACUGUGGGUAGCAAAUCACACCUACUUAAUGUGUGAGCAUUGUUUGCUGCUGUGAAAUUAUAUGGAAAAUCUGACACAUUCCUUCCAAUUGGUAACUUAUUAGUAGUUGAUAAUGAAAAGCCAGUAGAUUGUUAAAACUUGUUUUACCCUUCCAUUGCAAAAAUCUCUCUCAUUUAAUUCGAUUAUAACUUUUUAAUACCACUGAUAUUUAAGGUUAAACUUACCAUCAAGUGUGAUUAAUUCCUUUCCAUUAUCUGCUAAUCAAUUAUUUUUCUAAGUCUUCAUCCGUUGAUUUCAAGCCAUGUUCGUACUGAACUUUUUAAUUAUUAUUAUCAUUAUUAUUAUUAAAGUAAGGAAUAAAACACUGUCAAAUUGUCCCAAAACUUUAUUUUACUCUCUUAAUGACCCCUGUCAUUUUUUCUGUUAUCCUUGUAUAAAAUUAAAUUGUUCCAUUUUGUG